AUGAGUAGAUACAUGCAGAUCGCCGAGCAUCCCCGUAAUCUUACGCAAGGUCACGUCACUGAAAUUAGAAACUGCAGAGGCAGCGGCUACGCUGCAGACGUAGUCCUUGACGGCCGUGCCAACAAAGGGGAUGUAAUUGAUGAAGAUGUUGUCUAUAAGCGUCGCUUCGAUCUCAGAGCACAGCGCUGCGAGGUUCGGUCCACCAGCAUAGUUCCCAGCGACCUGCACGGCGAAGAGCGCAGUCGCAAGACUAGGACUCGCGAAAUCAAUCGCGGCGAGGGCGCAAACCUCGCGCUGGACAGCGGACCCAUUGAUAGCGAUACCGCUGAUCUUAUCCAGAGAAGCAGGAUUGAUCACGCUGCAGAGCUUACGUCGCUUCCGAAAGAAUUGUAA